AUGUCAUGCAUCCCCACACCAUCACAUGCCCACCACCAUGCUUCCAGGUCUUCUGGGUAUACCGCUGCUGGAUUGCAUCUCCUGGCCUCCUCCAACAAUAAUCCCGCCCAUCCGAAACCCCCACACUCCAACCUGCAACACAACGCGCCCAAGCCCACCUGGCAGCCCGAUGCUUGGCAGGAAGGGGACCUUCCUACGAACCCUAGCAUGAAGUCCUUCCUUGUGCAAGGCACGGCGAACAGUCCGGGCAGUGACAUGUUCAAAGUAGUUGUCCCGCAGGUCGACGGCAUUACGGCACCGGCCUCUGUCAAGCAACUGGGCAGCAAAUUUGCGGUCCUGGGGUGUGAGCUUCCUUGGACGGCCUGA